UUCAAAUCUAGUUUAAAUUUCUUUCUUUUCAUCAAGAUUUUUUGAACUAAAAUGGCUUCUUCCAUUUUCUCUCUUUCUUUUGUACUCAUUUUCUCUUUGUACAUCAGCUUAGCUUCUGCUGCAACUGCUCCAAUUGUUCCAUAUCUUGAUGGUCUACUGGAAAAUGGCGAUUUCGAAGAAGGGCCAAAGCCAUCAGAACUAAAGAAAACAGUGAUCAUUGGCAAAUACUCCUUGCCUGAAUGGGAAAUCAGUGGUGUAGUGGAGUGGGUAUCAGGUGGGCCCCAGGAAGGGGGGUUCUACUUCCCGAUACCUCGUGGGGCCCACGCGAUCCGACUUGGGAAUGAGGCUUCCAUCUCUCAGUAUGUAGAGGUGAAGCCAAACACUGCAUACUCACUCACAUUUGGAGCCACUAGGACUUGUGCUCAAGAUGAGGUCCUUACCGUCUCGGCUGGAGACACGUCUAGUGAUCUUCCUAUUCAGACAUUGUACAGUGCUGAUGGUGGUGACACUUAUGCGUGGGCUUUCAAAACAACAUCUAAUUAUGUUGAGGUCAAAUUUCACAAUCCUGGUAUGCAAGAAGAUCCAGCUUGUGGACCAAUUCUAGACCAUAUUGCAAUCAAGGAAUUGCCUAUGGCUACAUAUACUAAAGGUAACUUGGUGAAAAAUGGUGGAUUUGAAGCUGGUCCACACGUAUUCAAGAACUUCUCGACAGGGGUGCUCGUCCUGCCUCUGAAACAAGACAAGUACUCACCAAUUCCGGGAUGGAUGGUUCAGUUUGCAAAACCAGCAAAAUAUAUCGACUCGAAGCAUUUCUUAGUACCUUCAGGAAACGCAGCUAUUGAAUUAAUAGGAGGAAGGGAAACAGGCAUUGCACAGAUAGUAAGGACAGUCCCCAAACAAUUCUACAACCUGACUUUCAUCAUUGGCGAUGCAAACAAUGACUGCCAUGGAACAAUGACAGUUCAAGCAUUCGCUGGCAAGGCCAGUACACAAGUUUCAUUUGUAUCAAGUGGAAAGGGAUGGUACAAGACAGCAAGCCUCAAGUUCCGAGCAGAUAAAACUAGGACAACAAUAGCUUUUUAUAAUCCAUUCUAUCACACGAAGGUACAUGACUUUGGUCACAUGUGUGGACCUGUCAUCGAUGAUGUUAGUCUCGUUCAUGUCAAGAAGUGAGCAUACUCAGAUGAGAUCAAUUUCAAAACAAGUUCUGUACCAUUGUUUUUAUGUUUGUUUAAGUUGUUCAGUCCGAAACAAGAGUGAUAUAUCCAAUAAAAGUAGUAAAAUCCCUUCAUUA